CAUAGCACGGUGUCAAACUGGUGGCCUGUGGGCCGAAUGUCAUGUGCAGGCCACGCAGGCCCACCUCAGCUCUGCGAAGGGGGAAAACAUCGCGAUAUGUCACAUGACGGCAAUAUGACACCACGAGUUUGACACCCGUGACAUAAACUGGCUCUGUGAGGAAUAUGCUACACAUCUGAUGAUCAAAGUAGCUUGACACUCGCUCUAUGUUGGAUUCCAACUUUAAAACAGACUGUGUAGAGUGGAGGUGGUGGGGUUACAUCUUGCAAGGGGAACCUGGGCAGAUUUUGGGAACUUGGGAAAGUGGACAAGGCCCUCUCAGCUGCUAGUUUGGCCACUUAUUAAAACUGCAUUGGAGGGGAGGCAGGAUUUUGUCUGGGUGGUAGUUUAUGCCUCCUUGAAUGAGGGAGUGGUCCUACCAAUUCUUAAAAGAGACAGUGGUGCACCCCUUCCUCAAAGGACCAUUGUGUGGUCCAACCACGUUUGACAGUUUCACCCACUCAGCUGGAUGUCUGAGGCUCCAACAGAUCACAGGAACAAUAUCGCAGCUCUCUGUCCAAAAGAGUGCAGUGUUAGGAAUAGCUAAGAUAUUGCACCCUCAAAUUCCCAGGCCAUAGAGGGUCCAACAUUGAGGAAGCCACAAAUAUAGGGUGAGAAUGGUUAUAUGUAUAUAUAAGUAUAAUUAAGUUUCUUAAUGUAUGAGAUAAAAUUAUUCAAAAUGCCUGCAAGCUGAAGAAAAUAAACUGAAGCGACAAGAUUUUGAUUUUUUUAAACAUGAGAUUACUUUACAAAAAAGAACUGUAUUGAAGUUUCUAAACAGAACUGUUGAUAAAAAUGGGAAUUGGUUUAAAAUGCAGAUUUCCAUUCAAAACUUACAAUUUUGAAAUGGCUAAGAUACAAAAUUUAGCAAUUGGAAAGAUAACAGCUGUCAUCAAGAAAAACUUAAAUAACACUGAUUGGAACAGUUGGGAAAUCAGAAGUUGAAUUAAUCGAGGAGGUUUCGUAUAAUAUUUACACUUUAAAAAUAUGUAUUCUAGGGUUUAAAUUUCACCAUAGGCAAAGAAGACUCCUCCUGGGGUCAAUGCAAGGAAUGGCCUUGGAAGAUUAAAACAAGCAGACACAGCUGUUCAAGAAAGAUUACAGUAUGGGUGAUAAGGAUUGAAACAGAAGCAAUCAUAGAGAAAAAAUUGGCAAGGUUGAGAAACUGCUGUAUCACACACCAAUUCCCACUGGAAAAUUUCUGUCUAAUUUGUGCCCAGGUUAUGUUACUGUAUAUAUCCCCUUUGUUCCCUGCCAGUGCACAUAUUUUAUCACUUUUAAAGUCUAACAUCCCUGCCUUCAAAAUAAAUAAAUGUCUCUUUCGGUGGAGCAGUGCUGAGAGAUGGAGAAAAAAAAAACACCUUAUUUCGGGCCUGUGUAACCCCAAAUGUUUUGCUUUCUGCGUCAGCUUCUCCUCCUCCUUUAGACUUUCAUUUUCGUUCUUGAAUGCCAGGCGGACUCCGUGAUCUAAAAGCGACUGUGGAUUGUGUGGAAAUCCGGCUUGCUUUGCGCUGGUUCUCCCAAAGGUGCUUUUUCAAGAGGCAGCUGGACUUUCUGGGUUUUCCUUGAAGACGUUUCGCUUUUCAUCCAAGAAGCUCCUUCAGCUCUGAUUUGCCCUGGUUCGCUUCUCUUCGGCUGCCAUUCCGGACCGGUGAGGCACUUGGGAGUUGCCCGAGUCCACGUAGAAUUAGACUAAGCAAACCGCGGGAGCUCUGCUCUGCAGACGCUGGGUGGGGCCGACCUCGGUCUGUUUUGGCAGGGGGCCGUGUUUAUCCGCAACGCAGUUCAGAUAAACCCAGGGGUGCCGAGGAUUGUGGCUGUUCCCUUUGUAGAAAAUGCCUGAAUUAUGGCCCCUAGCAUGGGAGGGAAGGGAGAGGCUCGUUUCUUGCCACCGGGGCAGAGGAGAGGAGAGGGGAGGGUCUGGCGCUGGGUAGCCUCUCCUUUGCCGGAUCCACGGAGAGAUUUUUCGACCGAGAGGGUCAAGGAGACCAAGCUGCAAAGCCAUAAGCUUGCCUAUCACUUUACAAUGGACACUGGAGGAGGAAAGAUGAAGGACUUGCUUGUAGAUGCUUUAGAAUGUCUUGAGGAAAGAGACUUUAAGAAGUUUAAGUCUAAGCUGCGAGAUGUAACAGUUCCUCAGGGAAAGAAUAUUCCACGUGGUCGGUUGGAAAAUGCAGACUGGUUAGAUCUGGUGGAGCUCCUUGUCGAAUUCUAUGAAGAGAAAGCUGCUACACUAAUGAUAACUAUCUUGGAAGACAUGGGUUGCAAGAAAAAUGCUUCCAAUCUCAGCAAAGAGCUCAAGGAUCAAAUUCAGGGUUACAAAAAAAAGUAUGCCAAGUAUGUGAAGGAAGAAUGCAAAAAUAUAGAAGAAAGGAACAGUCUGUGUGGUGAGAGCAUUCCUUUGAAUUCAUGCUAUGCAGAGCUGCUUAUUAUCAAGAAGCAUCAACCCCAAAAGCAGAAGGAGCAUGAACUCCUUGCCACUGGCAGGAUGCAUCUGGAAAUCCGGAGAACCAAUAACAAUCAUUUAUCAACGGACAUUGAAGAUUUAUUUGAGCCUGAUGAAUCAGGAAUUCCAAAAACAGUGGUGUUGCAAGGACCUGCAGGGAUUGGGAAAAGCAUGACUGUGCAGAAGAUUAUGCUGGACUGGGCUGAUGGGCAGCUCUAUCCAGAUAUGUUUGAUUAUGUAUUUUGCAUUCGUUGCAGGGAAUUGAACUUUGCUGAAAAAGUCAGCAGCUUGGCUGAACUUAUUGUUGAGCAGUGUCAGGACAGAGACGCCCCAGUGGAAGAAAUCUUAGCCCACCCUGAAAAACUUCUCUUUAUCAUUGAUGGUUUUGAUGAGCUUUCUCGCUUUUUAGAAUCCGAAGGUAAUUUGUGUGAGAAGCCUAAUUUCAAGGUGCCUUUGGAAAGUAUUUUAAUCAGCCUGCUGAGAAAGAGACUCUUGCCAGAGUCCUUUCUCUUAAUCACCACAAGGCCGGGUGCUCUAGAGAGACUGCAGCAAUACUUGAAGUGUCCCAAGUUCACCGAGAUCGUUGGCUUCUCUGAAAAAGGUCGCCGUGAGUUUUUUUCCAAGUUUUUUGAAGAGGAGAAGAAAGCCAAUAUUGCCCUGAGAUUCAUUGAAAAUACUGUUGCAGUGUCCACCAUCUGCUUCAUCCCAAUGGUGUGCUGGAUCAUUUGUUCUGUGAUUAAAAUAGAACUGGAAACUGAAGAUGAGAUUGCAGGCACCUUAGAUACCACAACAAAAGUAUUUUUGCAGUUUUCUCACAUUCUACUUAAGCACGAUAAUCCCAGAUGGAAAACCUCCCCUCAAAAUGAGCUCAGAAAACUUUGUUCUUUGGCCAGAGCUGGCAUAAUGCAACAAAAAAUCGUCUUUGAAGAGCAGGAUCUCAAAGAACAUUGCUUGGAUGUUUCGGCUCUUAAGGACCUCUUUUUAGAGAAAAGAGCUUUCAGGACAGGUUUGGGCAGGCGCAGUCUCUACAGUUUUUUCCAUCUCUGUUUUCAAGAGUUUUUUGCUGCCAUGUGGUAUAUACUGCCAGCGGAAUCAACAGAAGAGAUGGAUCACAUUAUGGCCGACCUGCAGAGAGUAUUGGUUGAAUGGGAGAUGCCAAAUAAUCAACAUUUUGCACUAACUGUAUGUUUUAUAUUUGGCCUGACAAAUGAAAAGACACACGUCUUCUUUGAGCAAACCCUGCAAUGCAAGACGUCUGACCUUGUAAAGCCUCUCUUAUUACAGAAAGCAGAAGUAGUAGCUGUUAAGAAACUCGUUCAAAAACACUAUUCCCUGCUAAAUUUUUUUCACUGCUUGUUUGAGAGCCAGGAGCCAGAAUUUGCAAAGCGUGUGAUGCAUCACUUCCAAAUUAUUGACCUUUCCUACAACACGCUGUCCGAAUUAGACUGCAAAGUCUUGGCAUUUUGUCUGCAACAUAGUACAAUUGAGGAUCAUUCCCUUAUCUUAAAUAUCUGCAGGUUGAAAUCUCAUCACAUCAAGGCUUUGGCUCCAGGAAUUAAGAACUGUACAACGCUAGAGUUUGGAGAUAACAAACUUGGAAACUCGGGAGUGAACGUUCUCUGUACCAUUCUGAAGCAACUGGGUAAUGUGGCUAAUUUAACACUUGAUCGCAAUUACCUCACAGAUGCUUGUGCCCAAGAGCUUUGUGCUGUUCUCAGAACUAGUCACAGACUUUACAGUUUAGAUCUUCAAGAUAACUCCUUCACAGAGAACUCUGUCCCAUUCAUCCAAGACUUGAUGAAAAAUUGCACCACCUUGACUAUUGUAUAUUUGUCUUCAAAUAGUUUUAAUGAAAGAGGACGAAGAUGCCUGGAUCUGCAAGCCAAGAAGAUAAAGGAAUCGGGACGUGACUUUUUGUUAUGGAUGUGACUGUACAUUAAAUAUCCCCUGAUAUUUAGGGAAAUAGCAAAAUUAUUUGACCAAACUUUUAACCAUUGAUUGUAACCCAAAGGUGCUUUUUCAAGAGGCAACUGGCCUUUCUGGGUUUUCUUUGAAGACGUUUCGCAUCUCAUCUGAGAAACUUCUUCAGCUCUGAACAGAUACUAAAAGCAAAUAUUUGGAUUAUAAUAUCACUAAAGCUGAUUUUAUUUAGAUGUAUUUCCAAGGUCCCUUUUUGUGGCCAAUUUACCUAGUAUGUAAAGUAUAAAUAUCUAGUGAAGGACUUUAUUACAAUCAGUACACAAUGGUGGAUGUUCCUGUGAAAUGUUAAUACUAAAUGAAGCAAUCUAAGACAGCGUCUCCAACCUUGGCGACUUUAAGCCUGGAGGGCCUCAACUCCCAGAAUUCCCCAGCCAGCAAAGCUGGGGGAUUCUGGGAGUUGAAGUCCUCCAGGCUUAAAGUCGCCAAGGUUGGAGACCCCUGAUCUAGGAAACCCAGUUUUGUCAUUAUUGUAUUAUUUAAAUUGUAUUUGUUCCAGUUAUUUUUUUCUGUUUAAUUGAAUACAUGUAUGAUUAUACUGUCUGAGGUCAGCUGCCAAUGAGAAAAAUUUGAAAUUGAGCUGCUUAGUGUAUUAAUCCACGAAAACUAAAACUAUAUAGAUAAAAAACAAUGAGACAGUUAAUAUCACAGAAGUGAGUAGAACCUACUAGCACAUAUCACAGAGAUAGAUCAGAACAUCAUAGGACAUCUUGGGGUAUUUUGUAAUAGAUUGCCUCCACUGUGUAGGAUUUAAAUUUCUAAUAUAAAAAUGAGCUAUUAUAUCAUAACCUCACAUUAUCUCUUUGCCAGAUUUAGUGAUCAUCCCCUGCAAAACUGAACAGCAGCUCUUUGCCUUUAAUCAAUUAUUGCCAAUUAUUUUCUCUGACAGACAAUCUGUCUUUAAAUAGAAUGAUAUGAAGGAAUGUUAAAGUGCUUCUGGUCAGAUAACAAAACCUGCCUAUUUUCAUAGAACCCUGGGUGCUGGCUUGUUGAUCGAAUUUUGUAAUGGAAUUAUGAAACUUUUCAAAUUCCCAUAUCCACUAUUCCCUCCUCCCACUGUCAAUUACUACUGACAGCAAGGAAUGGAGAGAGGUGCUUGGGCAUUUCACUUUGCUUCAGUUACCUAAAUAAGAUUGGUGAUUUAGAUCAGCGAUCACCAACUGGUGGUCCAUGGACCACUGGUGGUCCGCGAGAAAGUUUUGGUGGUCCACAGAAAAAUUAUUUGCAUUUUUUAUAUUGCACUAAAUCAGGAGUCCUCAAACUAUGGCACCUGGGAUGGAUACAUGCAAUGAACGUUUGUGUUGCUGGAGAGUGUCUCCCCCUUCAGAGUCUUUUUGUGUGGGUUGGAGGGGGGCAGAAAUUCUGACUUGGGGUCUGCUUCAGCCUCCUGGUGGGGGACUUUGGACGCUGGUGGUGAAGAGCCAGAGGUCCUUGUUCCAGUGGGACUGCCUCAUGGCCUGGAACUGGCUGACCAUCUCAGCCCGCUGAGUCUCUAGGCACCAGUACCUGGCCUUCCCACACUCCCACAGGUCUUCUCUUCCCUCUGCUUGGAAAGCCUAUGCUCCUGGUCCUCAAUGAGUUGCUUCUGCUAAGCCUCUUUCUCUGUCAGAUCCAAUUUGAACUGAGCUGUUUUGCCAACUUUCUUGUGGUGGCUGCUUAGUUCCAACAACUGCUUCCUAUUGGGGCCCUAAGCGAGUAGGGGCUGGGAGGGGAGGGGCAAGUAGAGGCCUGCGAGGUGCCCCUCGAUGUGAGUGACAUUUAGUUGGCCAUGCCCAUUCAGUCACAUGAACACCUAGCCACACCCACCCAGCCGGUCAUUAGACAGAUCAUAUUAGUGGUCCAUGGGAUUUAAAAUUAUGAAUUUGGUGGUCCCUGAGGUCCGAAAGGUUGGGGAUCCCUGAUUUAGAUACUAUGCACCUUGACUUUGCAGCAAAAGGACAGGAUCUGGUGGCUUGAAGCAGGAACAUGUCUUAGGCUUAUUUUAAUAAAAUUCUCUUUGUAAAAAAAGUUAAGUUGCUUCUCUGUAAAAAAGUCUACCUCAUCUUUUAAACACAUACAAAAAAACCACACAUCUCAAAAUUGUUUGAAAAGUUCCUUUCCCAUUACAGUCGAGAAGGAACAAUAUCCAUGUAGCUCCUUUUCCAUUUGCUGUUCCUGCCAUGGAACUCCUAUUUAUCGUUGUUCUGAGUUCACAGAAUUCCACUGUUUUGUAUUCCGAAAUACAUGUCUAAUACAGCUUUAGUUUCCACAAGAUCAAAAAUUAAUCAAUUCAUCAAUCAAAUCAAGAGCAGUUCACCUUCAUUUUACUAUGAUCCUGCUAUCAUAGUUUGAACCAUAAAGGCAUAUAUUACACCAAAACUAACAACUAUAUUAUGGUCUGGUUUACGUAAUAUACUAAGACAUCAGUGUGAUCUAUACAAUAUAGGAUGCCAUAAUGUAUUUUGUGGCAUAACGUGUGAAUUCAGCCACUGUGGUUUAAAUGUUUUAUCAUCAUUCAG